UUCCACACAUUCUUAGUUGGUUGAUGCUUCAAACCCAUUUGAAUUGUGCAUUGAGAGCUUAAUUGUGGAGAGGAAUUCGGAAAUCAUGCCUCGAAGAUACGCUUUCGGGAGGGCGGAUGAGGCCACCCACCCUGAUUCCAUCAGAGCCACUCUGGCAGAACUUGUGUCUACUUUCAUCUUUGUGUUUGCAGGGGAAGGCUCUGUUCUUGCUCUUGCAGACAAGCUGUACAAGGAAACCGGGCCACCGGCUUCUGGUCUGGUGAUGAUCGCGCUGGCACAUGCGCUGGCGCUGUUCGCAGCUGUGGCAGCUAGCAUCAACGUCUCCGGUGGACAUGUCAAUCCAGCUGUUACCUUUGCUGCCCUAGUUGGAGGAAGGAUCUCCGUCGUCCGGGCCAUCUAUUACUGGGUUGCUCAGAUCCUAGGCUCCAUCAUCGCUUCUCUCUUGCUCCGUCUCGUCACAAACGGCAUGAGGCCAGUUGGGUUCUAUGUGGCAUCUGGCGUGGGCGAGCUGCACGGGCUGAUACUGGAGAUUGUGCUGACAUUUGGGCUGGUGUAUGUCGUCUACGCCACGGCCAUUGAUCCCAAGAGAGGGAGUUUGGGGAUCAUGGCACCGCUGGCGAUUGGGCUGAUAGUCGGGGCGAACAUCUUGGUUGGUGGCCCAUUUGAUGGCGCGGCAAUGAAUCCAGCAAGGGCGUUUGGACCAUCGUUGGUGGGAUGGAGAUGGAAGAACCAUUGGAUCUACUGGCUGGGUCCUUUCCUCGGCGGAGGAUUGGCCGCGAUCAUCUACGAGUACAUGGUGAUCCCCACCGAGCCACCGCUUCAUACCCAUCACCAACCCUUGGCUCCAGAAGACUACUAAGUUUACUACCAUUUCUGUUGGGUG